GGGCCGUGGGCCCCGCACACUGGGGCUUUGUCCGGCCCCCCGCCAUGGCCCACGGGGGAGGGGGGCCCACAUGACCGAGGGAGUAGGAGGAGCCUGCAGCGGCGGCGGCGGCGGCGGCAGCAGCGGCAGCGGCAGCGGCUCCCUCCAUCACUUCCCUCCGGGGCUGGGGGUCGGCGGGCAGCGGCGGCGGCGGCGGCUGGACAGAGCUGACACCGGACCCCUGGUUUCCCAUCAGGCUACAGGCUGGGCCUGGGCCAGUCGGGCAGCAGUGAACCUAGCGCUUUGAAGGCGCUGAGAUAGGGGUGCGCCCCGCCACCCUGCCUCAGGAUCAUGGGGAAUGGCAUGACCAAGGUACUUCCUGGACUCUACCUUGGAAACUUCAUUGAUGCCAAAGACCCGGAUCAGCUGGGCCGGAAUAAGAUCACACAUAUCAUCUCUAUCCACGAAUCACCCCAACCUCUAUUGCAGGAUAUCACCUACCUUCGAAUCUCAGUGUCUGAUGCUCCUGAGGUACCCAUCAAAAAGCACUUCAAAGAAUGCGUCCACUUUAUCCACUCCUGCCGCCUCAACGGGGGUAACUGCCUUGUACACUGCUUUGCAGGUAUAUCUCGAAGUACCACCAUAGUGAUUGCCUAUGUGAUGACGGUGACUGGACUUGGCUGGCAGGAAGUGCUGGAAGCCAUCAAAGCCUCCCGGCCCAUCGCCAACCCAAACCCGGGCUUUAGGCAGCAGCUCGAGGAGUUUGGCUGGGCAAACUCCCAGAAGCUUCGCCGGCAGCUGGAGGAGCGCUUCGGGGAGAUCCCGUUCCGCGACGAGGAAGACUUGCGCGCGCUGCUGCCUCUCUGCAGGCGCUGUCGCCAGGGCUCGGCGACGUCGGCAGCGUCGGCCACCACAGCGUCCUCGGCCGCUUCCGAGGGGACCCUGCAGCGCCUGGUGCCGCGAUCGCCGCGGGACUCACACCAGCCGCUGCCGCUGCUGGCGCGCGUCAAGCAGACUUUCUUCUGCCUCCCGCGGUGCCUGUCGCGCAAGGGCGGCAAGUGAGCGCCGCGUCCGCCGCUCCGCCCGUCCCGACGCGGCAGCCUUCGCGGGCGGCCGGGCUUCCCGCGGCUGGGACGCACCCAGAGCCCAUGGGAGCCUCGCCCCUGCCCCGUACCCACCACGCUUGUCUGCGUCUGUCCUCGGUGUCCGCUCUGUGAGUCUGUGUUCGGCCGGCCUGCUGCAAGCCACCUGGUGCCUUAGUCCGUGGACUCGGGAGAAGGGUCCUGGUCCUCCACCCCCACAGGCGAGGAGCAGGAGGGAGGGUCGGGUGGGGCGGAUCGGCCUGGAGGAGAUUAAAGAGACACAGAAGUUGCCUGGCCCGGUGCCUCUGGUCAUUCCGCAGAGCUUGGGCUCCAGGGCCUGCGGGAAGCAGAGCAGGGACAACUUCCAGGGGCCCCGGGAAGCAAGCGCCAUUCUCCACCAGUCUUCAGAGCUGAACUCCAAGACCACGCCCUUCUUUGACACCAGUCCACCCCCCUCCAUCUCUCCAGAGGCCUGGACUCCUGACACCACCCUUGUGCCCCUUUUCUCUGGACCCUUCACCUCUCCGAAUCCCCUUUCCUCUUCUUCAGUUCUCCUUCCCUCUCUGCACAGAUAACUGGUCAAUGUGGUCCAAUUGGUGGUGUUACCUUCACGUCAUCUUUUACUGUCUGAGAUGGCUUUAUCCUCAGGGAGAACACCCAGGCUCAGAGAGGUCAGGCAGCUGGCCCAAGCGCACACAGCAAGGGCAAAUCCUUUCCAGUGGUGACAGUAGAGAGGAAGCACCUCCUAGUGUGAAGGUUCCUGGAGAGAAAGACCUCACAGGGUGCGAUUUUUUUUUUUAAUUUUAAAGGUUACCAAGCCAAUAAAACAGUAAGUAACCCUAUAGGUGAAAAGAAGAGUGUGUCAUCAGAGCUGCCGACCUGAAAGAGCCCAGGUAGACUCUUGGGGCUUCAUGGCCGAUGGGGAGGCAGAGAUCUCAGCACUGAGCUGAGCCAAUGGUGAAAUGACCACACCAACCUCUAAUUCCUCACUCAAGUGUUCACACCGUGUGCCAGGUACUGUGCUGGGCCCUGGGGCUACCACAGUGAGCAAAGCUCUGCCUGUGCGCUGCUGACAUUCUAGUGGAAGGCACUAGAUAAAAGAAGAGGUAAGAGAGUGGGGCCGUCUUGCCAUCUGGCUGGGAGGGGCUCCCACUGAGGGCAGGAAGCCCACCUGCAUCCUCCUGAUUGGUUGGUGGCACCACCGGCCACUGUUUUCUAGCCCUUCGGUGAGGAAACCCAUUGGUUUCCAGAUCCCUCCAGUCGCUGCCCUCCCUGAAUAUCACCUCUACGCCUUAUUGGGACAGUGAGGGCUCUCUACCGAGGACGCUGUCACUGUGCUAAACACUGCAGCUCAGCUGAUCCUCAUUCCACCCUCCCCAAAGCUGUCCCAUUUAUCAGAGAAGAAGAAAACUGAGGCUGGUGCCCCAGGUUACAAGCAAGGGUCAGGACUCAGAUGUGAGCUCAGGCAGCCUGGCUGCGGACUCUGCUCUUCAUUAUUUACCCUUUGUGAUCGAGAAAUAUGAAAGGCUCCUCUAACACAUGGGAGCCAGGUGCUUGGAGGGACAGAACGCCUCAGAUUGGUGUCUAAAACUCCAUCCUGGUUGGAGUAUAAAUGGGAAAAUAAUCUACUGACUUUUUUCCUAGUCACUGUUCCCUAAACAGUACAUCAGGCACCUGGCAUUUGUUUUGGAUUUGGUGGAUUUUUAGAGAUGGUUCAAAGUAUGUAGGAGUAUUCUUGCAGGUUCUGUGUACAUAGUCCACCCCUUGGUUUAAAGGAUUUGCCAUGCAUCUCAGCGUUCACUGGGGUCCUGGAACCAACCCAACAUAAAGGGACAACUAAUUAUUACUCUUGUUAAUCACACGAAAUGUUUUGUGCCCAUCCCCCCUCCCCUGCUCCCACCCCAGUGUUCACGGGUCUGAGUGGACUCUGUCUGCAUGAAUAUCAUGGGACAGCUGCUGGCGUAUGGGACCAAGAGGAAGAGGAAUAAGAAUGCCCUCCCACCGGUGCUUGUGAAGGGGAGACCUGACUCCCCACCUCUGUCCAUGCUGGCUGGAACAGCCGCUGCACUAGGGGAAUUUUUUUUUCUUUUGGAGCCUCAGUUCUACCACAUCCACAACAAGGGCUGGGGCAGCCUGAACUACUCAACACAUUUCAUAGUGCAAAUAUUUCUUCAUAAUAAAAAACACAGACUCUAAAAACA